AUGGAAAAGUUCAAUGGCCUUGGAGUGAUUCUUGAGAAUCGUUACUAUGGCGAAAGCUACCCUUACAACUCUAGUACGACGGAUGAGCUACGGUUCCUCACUACAGAGCAGACCAUUGCCGAUAACGCCUACUUCAGGCAGCAUGCUACUUUUCCAGGUAUCAACGCCACUUUGAGCAGCGUCGACACUCCAUGGAUCAUGUACGGCGGUUCUCUUGCUGGUGCUCACACCGCAUUCACUAUGAAGACAUACAACGACAUCUUUGCUGGAGGUAUCGGUAGUAGCGCCACCAUCCAAGCCUUACUCGAAUAUCCGCAAUGGUAUAAUCCAAUCAUGAAGUUUGGCCCAGCGGACUGUGUUUCCAGGAUUGUCGACAUUGUUGACAAGAUCGAUGAGCUCAUCUGGAGUGGGAACAAAGACGGCAUCCAGCAGCUCAAGGAUAUCUUUGGUCUCGGAGCCCUGCAAGAUCUAAGAGACUUUGCUAUGACGAUUGCGUUCCCGAUUGGUGGUCCCAUGAACUAUCCCACCAACACUUGGCAAGAGCUCAACUGGUCCGACCGCUACGGCUCAAAAGACUUCUUUAGCUUCUGCGGCAAUGUAACGCAAGUUGAUCCACCAGCAAACAUCAGCAGCGUCGAUAUGGCGCUUUCCCAAUACUCCAACGGCGAGGCUUGGACUGGAUUAGGUGGAUAUGCCGACUACGUCAAGAAGACGCUCAUCCCAACCUGCGAGAGUGGCCGGAUCGACAGCACAGACUCCGGUUGCUUCGGCACCCAAAACCAGACAUACUACGCCGACCCCACAAACGGAGCAGCGCGCUCAUACCUCUACUCAACCUGUUCCGAGUCUGGCGCUUACCAAGUGGCGCCCACAAACGGCCCAUCUCUCAUCUCUCGCGUCCUCCAGAUCGACUACACCCAGCAAUGGUGCACCUGGGCCUUUCCACCCGGCGAGCACAACAGCAUCCCCGCCACUCCCGCCUUGCACUACUACAACAAAUACGGAGGCUGGGAUCUUCAGGCUGAGAAUCUCGCUCUCAUCGAUGGCAACACAGAUGUCUGGCUCGAUCUGUGCUACCAUUCAAACUUGGCGGCUCAGCCUAGGAUCAGCAGCGAUAAGUAUCCGAGUUACCUGAUUGCGGGAGCUGGACAUCAUUGGGAUAGCUAUGGGAUUAAGAAUGUCAGCGCUGAGCCGAAUUACAUCAGAGAGGCACAUUAUUGGGAGGAGAGGACUGUGAGUCGAUUCUUGACGUUCUGGGCGGAGAAAGAGCAUUAG